AAGCCCGAGCUUGGACUCGGCCCCGCCUAUCUCCUCUUUUUAAAGGUUGUAACAAGCAGCCACUAUCAGUUUGCUGCUCCACUGUUUCCUCUUUUGACUCUGCAAGAGAAGAAAGCGCUUCAUGUCUUGGCGUGAACUCCUUCCCCCCUGGCUGGUGAUCGUAGCGGGACUGACAGGCAUUGUGCUGCUUUGUGUCUCCACUAAAGAUGUGCCUGUGCCCCCUCUUAGGACCAAGUACGGCAUUGUUCUGGAUGCUGGCCCAUCCCGCACCAUCCUGUUCAUCUACCAGUGGACCACCACCAAAGCAAACAAGACCGGGGUGAUCAGGGAAUGUAGUUCCUGUCCUGUAAGAGGUCUGGGAGUCUCCAACAACUCGGAUUCUCCUCAGGAAGUAGGGAAGAAGCUGGCACCAUGUUUGAACUGGGCAGAGAAAGAGAUCCCGGCAGAGCAGCACAGCCACACCCCCCUCUACUUGGGAGCAACCCCCAGCGCAUUGCAGCUGAACAUCACCCAUCCCACCCGCUCUGACAGUCUCCUUGCAGACCUGACUGUGGCCCUGAAGUCAUCCCCCUUUGACUUUCAGGGGGCACAAAUCCUGUCCAGUCCAGAAAAGGAAGCAUUCAAUUGGGUUGCUGUUAAUUACGUCCUAGAGAACUUCUUCAAGUACGACCGGCGAGGACAGUUGGUUCCCUCUGGGAAGGGGAUUGCAGGAAUCCUGUCCGUGGAAGGAACCUCAACACAGCUCACUUCCAAGGGGGAAGAAGAGGACCAGGCACCCCAAGAGGGAGUGAGGCUGCAGCUGUAUGGGCAGACGCACAGCGUGUACACUCGCCACUGCCCCUGCCAUGGCACAGACCAGCUCCGCAGCAGGCUGCUCUCUAUGCUCAUUCCAGAUCAGAGAAGCACUAAAACUGUGUCUAAUCCCUGCUGGCCCCUCACCUACUCCCAGGAAGUGCAGUGGCAAUCAGUGCAUGCUGGGCCUUGUGCCGUCGGGUAUGACACAUGGGACAGCCCUGGCCCUGAGGACAAAUUCAACGUCACCGGCUCCAGCAAUCCCACCGCCUGCAUGAGGCUCAUGCAAAGCCUGCUCGACUCUUCCUCUUCCUGCAGCUUCUUCAAGCAUUCCUUCAGCCGUGUUUUCAAGCCCUUUCAGACCAGGUUUCUGGUGAUUUCUGAGGCCAUGGACUUCAUGAGAGAAACUGUACCCACUCCCGACUUGGCUCAGGCAGUCAACAGGCUUUGUGGAAUGUCCAUCGAAGAGCUGGCCAAGAAGUCCCAGACAAGCCUGGAUACACUGGCUGACUACUGUGUUGUGGCUGCUUUCAUCUUUCAUCUCAGUACAAAGGGAUACAUGCUUGACUUUGACGGGUCUGUCUGGACCGCAUUCCAGAAGAAGAUGGGUGAUAAAUCAUCUGGCUGGACUCUCGGGUACCUGCUGAGUCUGACCAACAGCAUCCCCCAGGACAGCCCAAGCAUCCUCAAGGGCAUUGAACCAGGGGUCUGGUCUUUGCUCCUUAUCCUCUUUGUCGUGCUGCUCACUGGCUCUUUCAUGCGCAUCUCCUACCGAGUGAUGGUCAACGAAAACAGCUUCAGCAACAGGAACAGCAGUGUUUUUGAUGACAACUGACCGUUGGGACUCUACACUCUUGCCAGAGGGCAGUUAAUGGGGUACAUAAAGAAGUCCCACAGGUGUCAGUCACUGGAGGAUGCCGGUGGUCACCCUGCAGGAUCCCCAGAGCCUUAGUGCCUUAUUUCAGCUUGCUGACACUUGCACUGCUGUGCAUUAAGACAACGGAUCCUGCUCCAUGGAAAGCCUAUGGUUCCCGGUGGAUGGCAAGCUAUUUGUUCUCUAAAUGAAAACAGCCUGCACAGAUCUUGCUUGGGUUGCAGCUGAGAUUACUCAUGUCAACUUAAUGAAACCAUACCUCUGAGCCAGCAGGCCCUGAGCUAUUGUGAAGUUAAUAUUGAGUAAUCCUGUCUAAUCAGGAGAGAUGGUGUCUGAGAACAGUACUCUCUUGCCCACAAGAGAUACAAUAUCUGCAGUAUCACCACUAGCGAAGACUGGAACAGCAUAACAAUAUAAUCGGAAUCUAACAGCCAACUUGCUUCCAUGCUCUAGGGAAAAACGCAGGCAUUUUCUGCCUGCUUACUGCUGAUCCAUCUGUUCUUCCACCUCAGUGGCAGCGUCUAUGCAUCCCUUCCAGCAAAUACUCCUGCUGACCAAGAAUCCUUCAAAAGCAAUGAGGUUUUGUCUUGGUCUCUACAAAAUGUGCAGAGCAUCAAAGCUGAAACAGAGGGCACAGACACACUGCUGAGUUCCUGUCUCUCAGCUGAGUCAUGGUUAAAAUUGCCAGUUUAACCAGGACUUAAAUUAAUACAUUUCAUUUCACAUUGACUAAAAUCAGGUGCACGCUGGGCUGUGGUUCACCAGUUUGUUCGUUUGCACUGAACUGCUUGUCUUGCAGUCUGAAAAUGAAGUAUCUCAUAUUGUCUUGUAGAGAAGAGCAGACUCAGCAAGAGCAGCUUUCCUCAUUCAGUCAAUGACUCCCAUGUCAGACUGUGACCAGAGCUACUUUAUGAUCCAAUAUUCAGGAUUCCUUUGGGACUUGGCAGUCAUUCCAGCUCCUCUGGUCUGGUUUGUUCAUCUAAAAGUUAAGGUGUUGUACAAAUUCCCCAUGUUGUUGUGAAGAAAAGGGGUGGAUUCAGACAAAACACUGGCCUUUGACUAAAGCAUUUAGAGUUCACUUCUCAGGUUGCUCCGGAGACUUAAACACAGAGGUUGUUAAAAGCCUAAGGGACUGGUGUCUCCUACUCAUUUCAGAGCAGUUUAAAUAGAGAUGUAAAUGCUCACAGAUGCAAUGCGGUACCUUGCAGGAUUUUUAAAGCUACCAUGGCACUCACAUCCUUGUAAAUCUGAUUAAUCCCUCGUGCUCCCAACACAUAUACAAGACACCCCCUCCUCCACAAUAUUGGGUUAUUCAUAAAUUUUCAGGGCAAUUAAUGAAGGGUUGGAACCCGUCAGUCAAGUUUGGAGGGGUGUGGAAACAGAUUUAAACAAGCCUCACAUUCAUUUCUCUGAG